UGGCGGGCGCAGUCCUGGGCUUGGAGGAGCUCCUGCCGCUCGUGGUGCAGCCGCAGCAACACCGCCCGAAGACGCUGCAGCGCUGGAGGGGUCGGGCCACCAGCUGCCGGCUCCCGCCCCCAGUCCACAGCGCCAGCCUCACGGUGCUCUCCUGCGUCCGCCGGCACCGCCCACCACGGCUGCCCUCUCGGACUUCCGCCGGGCCGUGGGUCCAGGCAGGGGAUGCUUCGGGCAGCCGGCAGCCGCAGCCAGCCACGAACGUCCCGGCGGAGAGCGCCUGCCCGCUUUCUCCGCCACUGCUUCUCCUCAGCGCCCCUGGGCUGCGCCCGUAACGGCGGCACGGUAGCCAGCGGAGGCAGAAGGCCACCAGAGCGAGACGCUUGGGCCAUGGGACAGCUUGUCCGGAACGAAGCUAACGAUUCCCACCUCCCCGUACUGCUCAACGCCUGCCGCAGCCGGGGCUCCGCCCCUUUCCCGGAGCCGUCAUCUCUGGCCCGGGAGCCGCCGGGACCGUCAUGCACUCUCUCGCGCUCCGUAAGCGGAGGCUUCUGCCCCCAACAAAGAUGGCUGCCUACUCUGUCCUACUCUGCCCUUCGGCCGGUGUCGAAUGCCAGACUUUCACUUUCGGGUCACUGUUGACGGGGAUGGCGCCGAUUCCGAAGACCGUGGGGCUGGUCAAGCUAGGUAAGCAGGAAGCCAGCCGCCUGGCUGAGGAGCUGGUGUCUGAGCAGGAGCGCACGAAACAGAAAGCAGAGAAGAAACGACUUAAAAAGAAGCGUCAAAAGGAUCAGAAGCGAAGGGAGCGUUUGGAGCAGGAUGGCAGGGAGUCCAACGCGAAUGUCUACAGAGUUUGGUACCAGCUUUGCCCAAAAUGGUUUCCACCACAAGGCCAUGGUCCUCUUCACCCAGGCCUUGAAGCUCAACCCCCGGGACCACCGGUAGGUGGGGGGGUUGGCCUCUGUGCUGGGACGUCAGGGCAAGGCCGGGUGCCAAGGGAGGACCUGGACUUUUGGCCACUUUGUCUUUAUCAGGUUAUUUGGAAAUCGCUCAUUCUGCCAUGA